UCUCCACCCUUUUCUCUCCCUUUCUCUCUUCCUCUUUUCCACUUCUUCCUUUUUCUUUUCUUCUUCCAAUUUCUUCGCCUCCUCCCAUGCUUUGUACUUUGCCCGUAAGACAUGUAUGUAGGGGCCUUAGCCUGCUUCUCUGUGUUGAAACCUUAGAUAGUUCCAGCUUGCUGGUAUGGGCAGGUUGACGACGAGGGGGCAGGAAUGAGUUGAUUUUACAAAUCAAGGUAUUUUUUGUAUGCCCCCUCGUUCUCCUUAGGUUCGAUUUUGUGCCAAUGGCAACGGCGGACCCAAUGCAUGUCUGUGGCAAUGGCGUAAUCAAUUAGACUGUCAAGGACAAAGCAAAAGUGUUGUCCUGAGGCAGUUUUUGGGGGGCUUGGGGUGUCACCAGAGUUUCAUCUUCCAAUGGUCUCAAUGCCUGCUCAGGUAGACAAUAGACAUAGUCCUGGUUGUCCACAGGAUCCUGAGCUGGGGUCAAAACCAAAGGUAGCUGAAACUCUGCUGCAGGAUCCAGGAAGUCCUCGGAGGUACAUUCGAUCCCCGAGAAUUCCAGACCUGUGGUCGAAAAGUCUAGGGCAUCAACUGACCACUCACAACUAGAGACAAGGGCAGUUGGGGGAGGGCCAGCAAGUUUUUCUUCUGAAACAGAAGCAGUAGGAGCAGGAACAAUAUCACAACAUGAGGAAACAGUGGCUGGAAGAACAUCAUCACAACAUGUGUAUACAUUGGACAGAGGAACAUCAUCAUCAUCAUUACAUACAACGGGAUAGAGUUUCCUUCAUAUAAAUUUGUUUCAAACAUUAAAAAAGAACAAUCUAAAGUCGCUCAUUUUCUAAUGAAUCCGUGUCUAAAUAGAUCUAUCUAGAUCUAUAUCAAAUCAUAGAAACUAAAAAAUCUAAAGUACUAAGAUGCCAUCCAUAGUCCGUCAAGAAAUAGGGUGACCUUAUUUAGGCCUAAAUAAGCAAAAAAACCUCCCUUACCUUAUUUAGGCCAUAUGUGGCCUAAAUAAGCACUCCCCAAGAAAUAACUAUUUUUCAAGUCACGCACCAUGUAAAAAAUACGGUGACGGUAUGGGGUACAUCCAUUAAAAAAUUGUACCCCAUAUGGUCACCCCCCCUACGGGCGCCAAUUGUUACAACAAAGAGCAGCGAAUGGUUUGUGGCGGUAACUAGACACCUUAUAAACUGAAUAAAAAUGCGAAACGAAUCCUGCGGGUACGAUUGUAGAACCAAUAGCUUAUUUCCAAAGAUGUAUUGCGCAUCUGCAAGCCGUAAUGGCUGAACGCGGUUCUUACAUUUGGAGAUGAAAUGGAUCAUUUCUGCUCACACAGGUGUCUGAUUCUGCUCAAAAUUGUUGAACUUGAAAACAAAACAAUGUUGAACGGAAUUGUUUAGCAGACAGCAUUCCAGAUUAUCGCAUAAUUGUCUGGUUGUCCAAUUUUAGGCCAAAUGCGUGCCAACUGACAGUAUGACGUACGUGACGGGGCAGUCACCCUUGAAAAGAAAACGACGGAACUGAAGGAGAAAGAGUUCAAAGGUCUUGAGGUCUUGGCUUCCACUUCCAAAGAUUAAGUUAGGCCUAUUUCAUGACGAAGAAAAAAUCUCAGAGAAUCGAAACGAUUUGAGUUCAAAUUCAAGGCCUAUGGCUGAAACCAACAACCGAACUGUCCCAAGACAGAUGCCUUUCAUUGCUUUUACUGUGUAGUCUGUGAAGCCCACAGUCUCAUCGUAAUUUAGUUAAGAGACAUUAUUUUGAGUGCCACACCACUGCCAUCGUUCUCAACUUGUUGAAAGAGUUCUUGAGUCUUGUAGUUGUAGACAGUCAAGAUCAGAAUCAGACCCUAGAGUAGGCUAGAGAGAGAGUGAUCUAACCUAGACAUCUAGAUUCGAGAUCUAGAUCUAAAUCAAGUGUAGUUUUGUGAGCACAUAAAAAGAAAAGAAAACCCAAACAGAAGACAAAAAGUCAAGUGAGGCUCAAUUUCGACAGCUGAGCCUACAAUGGAUCAAGAUUCACGAGAGUCGAGUCUCAAUGACAGCACAACUAACAGUGAUGGAGAUAAACAAAUUCUUGCACCAUCAGAGGGACCGAGGGAACAUCUGAUAAGUACUGCUGUGAAAUUUCUGCAAAAUCCAAAAGUCAUGUCAAGUCCACUCUACCAGAAGAAAGCUUUUCUGGAAAAAAAGGGUCUCACCCAAGAGGAAAUCGGAAUAGCCGUGGAAAGAUCUGGAGUGAAGGAGAACGUCGGCUCUGAUGUGACAGCCGCUCAGGGCCCACCGCCAGGCUACCGGCCGGACGUCAUGAAUGGUGGCACAAGUAUGGCGGUGGCUCCGAUGUAUGCACCAAUCCCCCCUCAGUCAGGCUGGGCAAAGAUGAGAGACCUGACUAUGACGACCGUUGUUGUGGCAAGUGUGUCGUACGCAGUGUACCAGCUGUUUCAGAAAUACCUUCGUCCGUUGCUUUUGGGUAAAACUUCUCAAGAGAAGCGAAUGGAGCGGUUAGAGUCGAAGGUCGUGGACAUACAGAAGUCUGUGUCGGACUCCCUGGGAGAGUUGAACAAAACUCUGGCGGCAAUGCAGGCGAGUCUACAGAACCAGCAGCCACAGUUCCCAGUUAUGAACAAUGACAGAGGAAUAUCAGAUCUUAAAGCAGAUAUUGCAUCCUUGAAAGGAUUACUAUUAAACAGGGUGUCUCCACCGACUUGAGUGACGAGACAAACCACAACUCUUCUUCGCUGACUGAAUCCAUGUCUCAAGAGGGUGGAAGUGGACAGAACCAGGAUCUUUCAGCCACCCAGGGGAUGGGCCUCUCCAGUAAUGGGUCCAGCGACGCUUUGUGAUACCCUACCCAGAACAGGAUCAAAAUGAAGAUGUACUAAGUUUGUGUAAAUUAUGCAGUCUGGCACGCACGCAGUGGGCUCUUACAUAGUGAACAGAUUUUCGGGCCCUGAAUAAUUUUUUUAAUGUAUCAUAUAUAAUAUAUAUAUAUAUGUGUAUUUGUUGUAUUUAAAA